AUGCAGUGGUCCGAUCUGUGGUCAAUCGACCACCACAAACAAACUGUGACAUUAGAUACUCCAGCUACAGCCACAGUCGAUAUGCGCUCUCUAGUGCUUGAGGAUACCCUCCUGGCCACCAGAAAGUCCGGUGUGAUAUCAAUGCUAGAAAGCUGGCGCGAUGAGAAUUUCCCGGUCUAUGACCCAGAAGGAGAGGUUCUUCUCGAAAUAGAGCGUUGUGCAAGUGCCUUGUUUGGGAUUGUGACAUAUGGUGUCCAACUUCUGUGUUACGUGAGGGACAAACAAGGUCUUCGAUUAUGGAUUGGUAAGAGAUCAGAAAGAAAGCAGACCUACCCAGGUAUGCUCGAUAGCACUGCAGCUGGCGGUCUCGGUGUCGGCAAGCUACCCAUUGAAGCUCUCAUAUGCGAAGCACAAGAAGAGGCGUCCAUACCAGAAGAAAUUGUGAGGAUGAAUGUCAAACCAAUGAGUCACCUCACUUAUUUCCACAUUCGUGGGAAUCAAGCUGGAGGAGAGGGUGGCCUAUUUCAACCAGAGAUCGAGUAUACAUAUCAACUCGAAUUGGAUUCAAGCACGAUCCCAAAGCCAAGGGACUCAGAAGUGGAGUGUUUCAGCUUAUACACUGUUGAUGAAGUGCUCUAUGCAUUGAAACAGGGACAGUUCAAGCCAAACAGUGCUAUUGUUAUUGUUGAAUUCCUCAUUCAACAUGGGAUCCUGAAUGUUGAAAAUGAGCCUGACUACUCUGCAAUCUUGUCGCACUUACAUCGCAAGCUUGAAUUCCCUCUUCUUAUCCAACCAUCUAAUUGA